AUGUCAGAACAGAAGUGUGAUUGGACGUUCUGGUUCCGGUCAUCCGUCUUCAAGAUCUCAAGCAUUGUAAGCAAUAUGGAGCCGCCACAUGUCAAAUCACCAUAUCAGGCAACCAUCAGCGCUAGUCGUUGCCAGGGUCUCAUCGUCGAGAUCAACUCGAUGAUAGAGAUUGCGAAGCAUGGAAGACUGCAACUCGAUUUCGAUCAAUAUAGCUCUUUAGAAGCAGCAAGUCAGGAGCUUGCUAAAAUUGCGUCUAGCUUUGCUGGAGAGGUAAAAGAACUAGUGAAGAGGAGAAAGCAUACUGUCAUUCUAGAAGGGCAAAAGCUUUUGUCACAUGCCGAAUCCAUGAAAUCAGAGUUAUGGGCCACCGGCAAGUUGAGAAAUAAAACCACAUUCAUUAGAAAUAUACAGUUAUUCUUCAGACCCCCAGAGGAAUCAAAACUAGACAACCCGCCAGUCCGCCAAAGGAAGAAGUUAACUCGCGAGCGAUCUGAAAGAAUUCGAAACCUAACGCCAGAUGGGACAAUCACAUGGGCCGCUGCUUUUAUUCCCAGUGUUUGGGAUUCGAACCAUUUAUCGAAGAGCACUUUCGACUUCGUUGUUGAAUUCCUGGAUUCGGACCAUCCACGUCGAUGGCCUGCUCAAGUAUACGAAGUGUUGGAUACACUAGCAGCUGAGCAACCACUCCAAGAUUCGCCGGAAUUCAAGAAUUUCUUGAUGUGUGAGUGGAUUCCAUGGCCUGCCCAAGAAGUCAUCGAAAUGGCAUUCCUCGUUCCACCUUCCAGGUUGGAUGGACUCCUGAAACUCUAUCCUCCAUCAACAUCUCGCCAUAGCAUUAUCCUUACGAUUCCUAUCGAAGACCGCGUUGCAACAGUGGUUAUAUCUAUACCCCGUGAAGACGCUAUCCGAUUUGGCUACGAGUCCACCUUGCCUGUGAUCUUCAAUUCGAACCCCCUCUCUGCGUGA